AUGGCCAAAAGGCAUAGCCAUUACCGUGACACAAGUCGUUCAAACAGGCGAGGAGGAUAUAAAGGUAGCAAAAAGGGCUCAAGAGGACACAAGAAAAAAGCUGAGGCUGGAAAUGGGGGUUCUACGACAAAUUUUUCCUCCCAGGUACCACUAGCAGGUGGCGAUUUGAGCAACCCAGAUCUUUCAGACUUGGACGACGGCUCAGGAAGACGGUACAUAACUCACAACGCAGUUGAAGACUACUAUUUCAACCGGUCGAAUAAAGAAAAAUCUAUGAAAACGGGUGGUACAAGACCAGGUCAUCGGAACGAUUCCACGUCAGAUUCGAGGAAUACAGAAUGGGCAAGUUUCAGGAAGAGGCCAAUGCAGUUCGUGAAGUCCAAAGAAUUAUAUGAUCCAUCGCACGAUCUGAUAGAACAGCUUCGAAAAAGGAACGGAAGCCCGUUGUUGCAAGACCCUGCAGCAGCCAAUGAUAAAAACUCAACAGUUGAAGCAAAUCUUUCUCAAGAAGCUCCGGCUCAAAAUGCUCAAGAGUCCCCUCCUUUGAGGCAAAAUCAUUCUAAAAUAAAUACUAAUAUUUCGAAGCUGGACAGCAGUGAACUUUUUUUUGUUGAUGAAGCAGGUGAACCUACAAAGAGAGAUGUGGUCUUGCCUAUUCGAGAAUUGGUCGUUAAAGGUGUGAUACCGCCCAAAACUAGAUCUUUCUCAAAUGAAUUGGAAUAUGAUGAAACUAUCACAGUUGGAAAAAUGCAACUCUCGACUCAACAAGAUGAUAACGGAGCUACUCUUGUUAGAAUUCCUGACUCCAGAUUGAAAAAUCCAAAUCCGUACGGCAGCUAUAUAGCAAAUGUUCUUCAUAAUGUGCUCCACUCACCUGAAAACUCGACUAAUUCUGAGUCAAGCUCUGAGACACACGAAGAAGACAGCGAAUGGGACUUCGAAGAUAUAAAGGAAGUAAUGCUCGAAGAGAUAGAUAGUGCAUCAGAGAAGGAAAUAGCAGGAGAAUACUUGAAAGAAGAUUCCGAAGAAUGUGUACAGGAAGAGGUGGUGUCAAAUGAGCGAUUUAUCGAAGAAGGAAAUGCCAGAAACAAUACAGGAAGCCCUGAACUGUCUAGUAACAUGCAGACAUUACAUUUAGAAGAAUCUGUUACCAAUUCUGACGGAUCAGCACUAAAUCCCGAAUUUGGAUUCCUUGAUGAGGACUUUGUGGUCGAUGUGUCUGAAGUUUCCGUUACUAACGUAAGGGAAGGAUUGAAUGACUGCCUGUACUUCGUCAGAUGCUUCAGGUUAUUUGCCGACCAUGAGCACAGAUGGAUUUCUCAAGAUAUCUUCUCGGACUUUAUGACUGACGAGAUAGGUCUGCCGGAUCACCGUUUACCAGCCUACCUGAGAUUCAUCAAAAAUUCUAUAAUUCCACAAGAUGACUUACCUGAACCAUCAUUUUCAGAUAUUCCUUUCUCUGAUACCGAAAACGAAGAAGAAGACGACGAUAUGGAUUACCCAUCAAGCGAUUUUGUUAGCCCAGACAUGAGAGAAGGUCUCGAUGACCUCAUAGCAUACACAGAAAAGUAUAGCUCCUAUCGUAAUGAAGAGUACGAAACAAAGUCCCUACCUAUAUCGGGUAAGGGCAUGAAAAAGAGAUUAUUGAUCGAUGACUCGAUUGCAUUGGAUACAGAAAGUAUAGCAACUUUACAGGACAAAUUUAAGACUAGACUUGAUAAUAAAUCUAAGAAAAGGAGAACUAAAAAGGAUUUUAUUCAUGAGGCAAGUGAGAAUUCUUGUGAUAUGUUCAAGAAAUACCCGUUUGGCAUGCAUGUACAGAAUAUAAAAGAUGAAUUUGAGCUGUUCAUGAGAAGAGACGCGGAGAGCCUGUUAUUUCCGCCUCUCGAUCCUCAUGGAAACCAGACCAUCAUGAAGUUCGCAAAGCACUAUCACACCAAUUCAUUGAAGCAGGGGAGAGGAAACAAAACGCAUGUCAUGGCACAAAAAUCAAGGAAAACGCACAGGAACUUUCCAAACUAUCAAUUAAUCGACCAAUUGGUGCGGCGGCGACCAAUAUUUAUGAGAAUUGAUGUGGCUAGACCAACAGAAAUACAUGAAAGGAAAGGAACUUCUAAGGGAAAGUUUCACACGGUAGAAGGUGAAUACGUUGGUAAAGAUGCCCCUGAGAUCGGUCAAGAAAAUGUUGGAAGGAGAAUGCUGGAGAAACUGGGUUGGGUAGACGGUGAAGGCCUUGGUGCUCAAGGCAACAAGGGAAUAAGCGAACCUGUGAUGGCAAAGGUAAAGAAGAACAAAUCAGGUUUACGUCAUACGGAAAAUACUGAACUUUGA